AAACCCUAAAACCACCACUAACCGUUCUUCAGGAAACCAAAAACCCCCAAAUCUGCGAGUCAACUCCGUCUCAAGAGUUUCAGGUUUAUCCUCCUGAUGGACUGUUGUUUGGAAUUAUAAGAGAAAAUUUUAUUUUGGUUAGACCAGUUUUCUCGAGAUGAAACAUGUGUUGGGUUGGAAUCUUUAGUUCUAGUAAAUGAAGUGGCCGUUCAAUGAAGUUAGUUGGAAAUGAUAUAUGGGUGGUACUGAAGACAUGCCUGGUUGUAUUCUUGGUGGGUUUGUGAGGUUGAUGGUUCUGGAAAGACUUGGAUAAGUUGUCUGCUUAAAGAUUGCGACAAUGGACACCCCAGUUUCAGAUGGGUCAGCCUCGAAGAGACCUUUGAGAAAGAAAGCUAGUUUGAAGAAUUAUGAUGAGAGUUUAAUGGAUGAGGUUAUUGAGAAGCAUUUGGGUGGUUCGUUCAGGAAAAAGUUCAGGACAAGGGAGGAGUUGGAGAAAGAAACAGAGACUGAGGCUUUAAUUGCACUAUCUGUGGGAUUCCCCAUUGAUGCACUGCUACCGGAGGAGAUUCAAGCAGGGGUGGUGAGAGAAUUAGGUGGAAAGGAGCAGAAUGAUUAUAUUGUUGUGAGGAAUCAUAUUCUUGCAAGGUGGAGGAGUAAUGUGAGGGCGUGGCUUUCGAAGGGACAGAUAAGAGAAACUGUGAGUAAUGAGUAUCAACAUUUGAUAAGUGCUGCUUAUGAUUUCCUCUUCUAUAGUGGGUAUAUUAAUUUUGGAGUAUCAUCAACCUUUUCUCCAUAUAUGCCAGAGGAGGCAACUGAGGGAUCUGUGAUAAUAGUUGGAGCUGGACUUGCUGGGUUGGCAGCAGCAAGGCAGCUACUGGCAUUUGGUUUCAGGGUAGUUGUUCUGGAAGGAAGGACUAGACCUGGGGGACGAGUUUACACUCAAAAGAUGGGCAGGGAUGAUAAAUUCGUUGUUGCAGAUCUUGGUGGCAGUGUAAUCACUGGUAUUCAUGCUAAUCCUCUUGGAGUUCUAGCUAGGCAACUUUCUAUUCCACUUCACAAGGUCAGGGAUAGUUGCCCUCUUUACAGACCUGAUGGGGCACCUGUUGAUAAGGAUUCAGAUUCCAAGAUUGAAUUGAUCUUUAAUAAGUUGCUUGACAAAGUCACAGAACUGAGGCAAAUUAUUGGUGCAAAUGGUAUAUCUCUAGGUUCAGUUUUGGAUAUACUCAGACAAUUGUAUUCUGUGGCUAGAAGUACAGAGGAGAAACAGCUUCUUGAUUGGCAUCUUGCAAACUUGGAAUAUGCUAAUGCUGGAUGUCUUACUGAUCUAUCGGCUGCACACUGGGACCAGGAUGAUCCUUAUGAAAUGGGUGGAGACCACUGUUUUCUUGCUGGAGGGAAUUGGAGAUUAAUAAAAGCAUUAUGUGAGGGGAUUCCCAUACUUUAUGGGAAGAUUGUUAAUGCCAUUAAAUAUGGGAAUGAAGGAGUUGAGGUAAUUGCUGGUGAUCAAGUUUUCCAAGCAGAUAUGGUUCUUUGCACUGUGCCUCUUGGAGUCUUGAAAAAAAAGGCAAUCAAGUUUGAACCAGAGUUACCUCGGAGGAAGCUUGCAGCAAUCGAUAGGUUGGGUUUUGGGCUUCUGAAUAAAGUUGCCAUGACCUUUCCUUAUAAUUUUUGGGGGGAAGAACUGGAUACUUUUGGAUGUCUCAAUGAAAAUAGCAGUAAUCGUGGUGAGUUCUUUCUUUUCUACAGUUACCAUACUGUUUCUGGAGGUCAAUUGUUAAUUGCACUGGUGGCUGGUGAAGCUGCAAAAACAUUUGAAUUUACAGAUCCAUCAACCUUGCUCCAUCGUGUUUUAAGCAAACUUAGAGGUAUAUAUGGUCCAAAAGGCAUAGAUGUUCCUGACCCCAUACAAACAAUAUGCACAAGAUGGGGCGGUGACCCCCUUUCAUAUGGUUCAUACUCUCAUGUUAGGGUACAGUCAUCUGGCAGUGAUUAUGAUAUUAUGGCAGAAAGCGUGGGGAGCAGACUUUUCUUUGCUGGUGAGGCCACGACGAGGCAGUAUCCAGCCACCAUGCAUGGUGCCUAUUUAAGUGGACUAAGAGAGGCUUCACGCAUUCUCCGAUCUACUAGAGGUCGGCAAAACAGUACAAGAAGAUAUGUGCAGAGAAGUGUUGGAUCAAGCACUGAUGUAUUGGUAGAUCUCUUUAGGUGGCCUGAUCUAGAACUUGGAAACUUUGUGUUUGUAUUCAAUCCUUUAACAGAAGAACCCAAAUCACUGGGGUUCGUGAGAGUUACUUUUGACAAGUGUGAAGAUGGAAGUAUUGUCAAGGUUUUAAAGAACAGGUCUGAACCCUCCAUGAACCUGCCAUUGCAGCUUUAUUCUGUGAUAUCUCGGGAGCAGGCACAUGAACUUCAGCAGGUGGCUGGAGGAGAUGAAAGUAAGUUGUCAUAUUUGGCAAAAAAUCUUGGAUUGAAGCUAAUGGGCCCUAGUACCUUAGGAAACGUAUCUAACUCUUUGAUUACUAGCAUUCUUAAUGCAAGACGAGGUCGGGGCAAGAACCGCAUCUCUGCUGGACAGCAGAUUACUGUCUUUGCUAGCAGUUCCUUGCAACAACUUUGAUGUAUGUUGUAUGCCAUAAUGGGGUUCAUUGGUUUUACACACAUGCUCCACGGGAGGAAUGCUAGAAGAUUAGUAUCCAACUCCAGCGCUUCAUCCUGUACAUAAUCUAGCCAGGAAGGUGUUAAUUCAUUGAUUUGAAGAUGGAUUUCUUCAAGUUAGACUGAGAAAUUUCUGUAUUCUUUCUGUAGUUGUAGUACAUUUUUGCUUCUGAUGUUCACCAACUUGGUGGUUAAUCCAGAGACUCAUUGGUCCAUCAUGCAGCUGUAGAAGUUGAGUAGAGUCGAGUCUAUUUGUACCGGCAGCUUAAGGAAGAAUACAAAGGGAUUCUUGUGAUCAUGUAUUCAAUCCAAAUGCUUAGGGUUCAUUAUAGAGAACAUUGAUUUCUUUUCUUUUAAGCCUAUGUGGUUUCUUAGUUGCAUCUUGUAUAUUAAUUCACAGUAGAGAUUCUUGUGAAAUGUUGAUUCUUUGUCCUGUUUCAAUGCUGGAAUUUUUUAGU